CACCUGUCCUGGAGUACCCCUAGCCCUGCACGUUUUGUAUGUCUCCCUCAUCUAUUACAACUGACUCAACUCAGCUCAUUACUGCAAGACCUGAAGUCGGUGUAUCAGAUACAGAGAGACAUAUAAAAUGUGCAGUGCUGGGGGUAAACAAAAUUUGAAGCGGUUUUGUUCAUUUUUGAAAAUGUUAAUAAGUAACUAGAUAAGAAUGUUUGGGAUGUGAGUGCUUGCAGUUUACAUUGUAGAACAAAACGUAAAAGUAUCAAGUUAUGUUUACCACAGGUUUAAGUUCACUCAUAAAUUGGAAAAACCCCACAGAAAAAUCUCGAAGGAACCCCGCGGAUUACUCUUCCGGUUUCGGACGUCAUAGUUCCUUGGGGUCCUUGUCUACUGAUUAUCACGUCAUGGUAUUUGAUUUGAAAACGUGGGUUGAAAGCGGCAUGACCAAAUGAAUGAGAGUAGGACGGAUAGAUGGCGAACCGGGCACUUUUCGAGUCAAGUUGAUACCGCGAGAUAUUGCUAACAAAGCGCUGGAUCAGCGCACUACUUCUCAUUUUCCUUUGCAAUUUCUGUGUAAAAAAAAAAUAGAAAAAAUAGAAAUGACUGCAAUCAACGGGGAAGGGAAGGACAGAGUCAUAUUUGUUACCAAGGAAGAACACGAAAUUCCUAGCACUCUGAAACUGGUUGAGGAGGAUACAAAUGAGGACCAUGAAGUAAAAGGUCUCAUCUUACCGAGUGGUGAGAUAAAUUGGGACUGUCCGUGUUUAGGGGGGAUGGCAAGUGGAGCGUGUGGAGAGCAGUUUAAGACUUUAUUCACCUGCUUCCACUUCAGUCAAGAAGAGGUGAAGGGCUUGGACUGUCUGGAGCAGUUCAGAAGCGUGCAGAAGUGUUUUCGGCAACAUCCUGAACUGUUUUCUAAGAAAGAUUACCUUCAAAGUGGAAAUCCCGGGUCAGACACAGAACAAAAAGACCCCCCUUCCAUCUCUGACUUAAGCACAAGCAAAGAGUCUGACCCUCUGCCCACUGAGACCAAUGAUAUGCCUUCACAGCAGCCCAUAGCUAGUUAAAAUUGGAGAACAACCAACUUCUGUCUCUUAUUCCACUUUUUUUGUUUUUACUUUAAUCUAUUUAUAUCUGUUUUAAGAUGAGACAUAAAGGAAAGAGGGACACUGCAUAAAAGCAGAAAGGAAUAUUGACUAUAUAUUUUUCCAAAAUGUCUUAUGAUCAGGUUAAAUGUGAUAUCCUGAAAUAUAUAUCGUGAUGUCUUAAAAAAUGGCGAGACAUCCAGAAAAAGGAACCAUAUAAAGGAUGUUUUGAAAAAAUAAAUUCUUAUAGGGUGUUCUAGAAAAUAUAAACUGGAUAUUUAUACAUUUUGUGUUCUUUUUCCCUUUCUUUUUUUAUACUCCUUUUUCAUUUUGUGUUCUUUUUUUUCUACAAUUAUCUUAAUCCAAGUGUAAUUUACAUAUUGACAUUUGUGAAAGUGUGUGAUUUUAAUUCUACUGAGACAAAUGUCUCAAACAUGGUACUUGAGCGAGUACAUAUGACGUAUUUGUGUAAAAUGUGAGGUCAUACUUUGACUAAAAGUUAUAGACUCAUCAAUUAUAUAUUGUUUGACCAUUUAAGAAUAUAUGUGUAUAACUGUGUGCUGCUUUAGUCAAACAGUAUCAAAGUAAUUUAAGGGAGGUUAAUUAAACAACUUUCAUAGUGGGUCCAAAAGUUUGAGAUUACAUACGAAAGUUUAAAGUCUUCGAUUCAAAACCUACUGUUUAACAUCUGUAUUCCACAUGACAGUGUAAAUAAAGUCAAACAGGUUUGGAA